GGACACAGACAUACACUGAACAUUAUAUAUAUUUUUUAUUCAGAAAAAGGACCAGAUCUUAGCAAAUUGAUACCAUGGUAGUUAUACACUCUUAAGGUACUUUUAUUUUAUACUGUUUCCAGACCGAGGAAAAAUCCAUGAUUUUUCGACCAGGUCCUUUUUGUUAGCUGUCAGAUCUCGCUAUCUCCAAUAUAUAGAGUUAUAAAAGGGAUAUUCUUUCGGCAAUACAACUUAGUUUGAUAACAGGAAAGAAAAACAGAACAAAAUAUUUCUAAUAAUUAUUUUUUCGAUCUCGCGCGAAAUAACAUCUCAACAAAUGCAGUGUCAUUAGAAAUACAGACCGAUUGAAUAAGUCUUUCUUCUGCCCCAUGUCUUUCUACUACUUCGUUUUCCCUCGAUGUGUUGCCACUCUCUGAAUAGCAAGAGGUGCUAACAGAAUAGAAAGCAAUAAUAAUCUUUCUCUCUUCAAGAAUACGACUUUUAUUUAUUUAUUAGGAAGUCAUUUUUUCGACAGUUUAUAUAGUAUUCUAUACACUGUGAACCUCAAUGCAACAUGUUGUGUAGUAGUCAAGGAUAGUAGCAGGUGUUAGACAAGAAUAGAAUUUCAUAUUUGACUUAUCAAAUUAUCUUUUAAAACAAAUCUUUUUGAAAAAAAACAGGUCAAAUAGAUACAAUUAAACUUUUUUGAAAAAAAUGUUAUUUUUUAGUUCGAGUUUAAGAAUUGUUCUACAAUGAAUAAUAAUUAAUUUUGUCAUUUAGAAAAUGACAUAUCAGGCAUGUCAAUAUAAAGACCGUGUUUACAAAAUUCAGAUAUCGAAUAUUGACGGCGAAUGUUUCGUUCUAUUAAAAGAAGUACAAUAUCAUAUUCAUUCGGGUAUUCGCACUUUUACGUACAAUGGUUUACCGAUACCGUUUGAGCUUGAUGAAAAAGGCAGUCGAAUAAAACCAAAUCGCAUCCGAGCUGUGUCUUUCGAUCCCAUUCAUUGUCACAAACGAGCAGUACCCAAAAAUAUAAAUAAUGAUUCUAUAAAAAUGAUUCAAGAAAUAUAUAGAUCUACGCAAAAGAUACUUGAAAAUACAGAGAUUCUGAAAAGCCAUGCUGAUGCUAUUCUUCGUCAAACAUUUGAACUAACUGAAUUUACUGUACCUCGACUAUUCAUUGUUUUACCUGAAGAAACAACUUCUUACAAUCCCAUAAAUCGGUUUCAUCACCAUUAUCGACUAUAUUUUAUAUGCGAAUGUGAAAAUGAGCAUGAUCGUCAUCUAGCUUAUCAUGAUGGCUAUGAAAUCAAGCAACCUCGUGAAUUCUUACGCAAAUAUGGACCUCAUCUACGUCAAAUGUUGACAUUUGUUAAGUAUGCACUGACUAUCGGUAGUUUUGUUCUUCCGAAUAUUACAUCUCUCAAUCAAAAUAUUCCUGCUUCGGCAGCUUUUCGAGAUCGAUUUAUGUGGGAAAGUUUUAAGCUUCGAAUUGAGCAAAUGAAUAAGGCUCUUGAAAUAGCCGAGCAAAAUGUCAAUUUUUCGACAGAUUCAAAUUUUCAACAUUUACAAGGAGCAGAACUUCGUGAGAUAGAAUACUUUCUAAAUCGAGUUGAUAAUCGACAAACAUUAGGCAAUUAG